AUGCCACGAGUCAGCAGCUGCCUGGGCUGUGCCGACAUGAGUGAGAGCAGAUACGAGACGCCUCCUGCUUCUGAGCUGCAGAGAUUACUGUGGAUCAAACCCGGCACCAGUGGCCAUCUUGAUGAGGUCCAACCAAGGAUCUACAUAGGAGACAUGUAUGCAGCAAAAGAUAAACACCUGCUAAGGUCCCUGAACAUCACUCACGUCCUAAAUGCAGCUGACGGGAAGUACAAUGUAAACACGGGCGCCAGUUACUAUCGGGACACUAGCAUCACCUACCACGGGGUGGAGGCUUUCGACAUGCCCUCGUUCGACCUCAGCCCCUUCUUCUACUCCGCUGCCAAGUUCAUUAAAAAUGCCCUGAGCACCCCUGGAGGUAAGGUGUUUGUGCACUGUGCGAUGGGUCUGAGCCGUUCAUCGACGCUGGUGCUGGCGUACCUGAUGAUCCACGAGAACAAGACAUUAGUGGAUGCCAUUAAAGCUGUGGCAGAGCACCGGAACGUCUGCCCGAACACUGGCUUUAUGGAGCAGCUUCGCCAGUUAGACAAACAGCUGCAUUACCAGGGCAGCGCUGUCUAGUUCUAGACUGUGAAAUCACUGGCUGGGCAAACCAAACUGCUUUUGAUUUGGAUGUAAAUUUGUUUGUAGGGAGAUUGAGGAUCAGCUACCUGUCAACCUGUUGAGCAACUUUUAAGCAUGGUGGUGGGAGCAUCACACUUUGGCCUGCCCUGUUUUGCUGAGGUGGAAAUGCUACACUGUACAUAAAUGAAAGGAAAUAUGAUGAAGGAGGACUAUUUCAGAAUUUUAUUCCAGUACCACCUUGGAAUUAUGGAUACAAUUUGGUGGGUUUGUGGAGCAGGUUAAAUUGAAUAUUUGGAAGGGACCUCCCAAAAUCCUGAUCUCAACCAUCUAUGGAUUUAAAUGUUAGGUACAUGUCAGAAAACCUACAAAUGAAAUAGAAUUCUGAUCUAAUGAAAAAUGUCCAUCAGCGGUAGGAGUCUGAGUAAGCACAAACGGCCAUGCUCUCUCCCUCCCGUCUGCUAGCUUCAUACGUAUCGGAGAAGGCACAAGCUCGUCAUCCUCUCUCACUUAGUGUUGGGAGUUUCGCAAGUGAUGUUGGGGAGAGUCCAAGUGAGUGAGCUAAAUUGGGGAGAAGUUUAAAAAUCAAUAUAUAAAUGGUUGAUGGCCACCAAAAGUGUUAAGGUGCAAUUUGCUAAAUGUUUCACCAAAUGUUAAUUCAUGUGUGCUGUAUAUUUCUGACCUUGUAUAUAUAUAUAAUGUUGAUUCUUUGAUUUCAGAAACUGCAAACUCCUGUUUGUUUCUAUAAUGAGUGCCCUCCAUGCCCAUAACAAGUGGAUGUAGAUAUCUCAGCACUAAACUUUUGUGUUAUUUUAAACAUAUAUAAAGUCUGUUCAGUGAACAGACUUCCAUUUACUGUAUUUCUUGGAUUAUAAGGCGCACUAUCAAUUAAACUUCUAUUUUCUAGUCCAUUUUCAUACACACUAAACUAGUGCUAAUGCUAAUGCUGCUCCAGCAGUGCUAGCUUGGGUUAUCAGCAAGCUACAGUCUGAUAUACUCUCCUCUGAAUGGUGAAAGAGCUAGCCAGUGAUUAGCGUGGUUAGCAGGCAAUGCUCAUACUGCUCCAGCAGUGCUAGCCGGGGUUAAGAGCAGGCUACAAGUAGAUAAUACUCACCUCUGAACAACAAAAGAGCUAGCACUUUAGCAUGGUUAGCAGCUAAUGCUAAUACUGCUCCAGUCUCGAGUCUCCUUGCUGAGGAACUUCACAGCAUCUCCUGUAUAACGCUCUACUUCAGAGGAGUGUCUUUACUGCUCCUUACAAACUGACUGGUAAAAUUCAUACAUAAGGCGCAAAGAAUUAAACGGCGCACUAAUGACUUACUGGAUUUUUUUUUUUUUAAGUGCUCCUUAUUGUGUGAAAAAUACGGUUAAUCAGUCUCCCAUCUUUAUAAAUGGGAAGAGGCCAAAAUUGUUAAACUUAAUAUAAUAAAAAUAUUGUUCCAGAAACUUAUUUAAAAUCACAACCCUGAAUUAACGAGGGGCUUUUGUCAAUAAAAUGUAAAAACGG